GAAAAUAAAUCAAUUUGACGCGGAAUCCCUAAAAUGCCCAUGAAAUCGUAAGUAAAUGCGGCAUAUUCCCUUCCAAAAUGGGUACCCCUGGAGCACCAUAACAAAAACAAACUAUAUAUCUACCGCAAGAAACCCUAAACCUUCCCUCUCUCACAUAUCCUCUCUCACUAAAGCCUCAGCUGCGGUUUCAUCUCACUCUGCAGAUUCAUUGAAUUGCGAGAGUGAUUAAUUGGAUCCUGUGAAGCCAUGGCUCUGGUUUUGCAUUCUACUGCAAACAAAAAUACACAGAAGACACUUAUUGUGUCUGAGUUCAAUGGUGUAAAGGUCGAAUUAGCUAAGGAUUUUCAGAUGGGUGUAACAAAUAAAACCCCAGAAUUUAUCAAGAUGAAUCCCAUCGGAAAGAUACCUGUGCUCGAAACGCCUGAUGGCCCGAUAUUUGAGAGCAAUGCUAUUGCCCGCUACGUGGCUCGUUUAAAUCCCGACAGCAACCUAUUUGGCUCUUCCCCUUUUGAAUAUGGCCAAGUUGAGCAAUGGAUUGAUUUUUCUACUAAUGAGAUUGAUGCUCACAUAGGUGGCUGGUUCUAUCCUCGGCUUGGUAUCCGUGCAUAUCUUCCUCCGGUUGAGGAGGCUGCGAUUGCCUCUCUGAAGAGAGGCUUGGCAGCUUUGAACACCCAUCUUGCAUCUCACACCUACUUGGUUGGACACAGUGUCACACUAGCUGAUAUUAUCACAGUAUGUAAUCUGUCUAUCGGAUUCAAGGCAAUCCUGAUUAAGAGCUUCACCUCAGAGUUCCCACACGUCGAGAGGUAUUUUUGGACCUUGGUCAAUCAGCCAAACUUUAAGAAAGUGUUGGGCGACAUUAAACAAGCCGAAUCUGUUCCCCCUGUUGCGACCAAGAAACAUGGACAGCCGAAAGAAGCUGCUAAACCAAAGCCAAAGGAGGAGCCAAAGAAGGAGGCCAAGAAAGAAGAACCUAAGGCUGUAGAGGAAGAAGAAGCACCUAAGCCAAAGGCGAAGAAUCCUUUGGAUCUCUUACCUCCUAGUAAGAUGGUUCUUGAUGACUGGAAGAGGCUCUACUCCAAUACGAAAACCAAUUUCCGUGAGGUUGCUAUCAAAGGUUUCUGGGACAUGUACGACCCCGAAGGAUACUCCCUUUGGUUCUGCGAUUACAAAUACAACGAUGAAAACAUGGUAUCUUUUGUCACCAUGAACAAGGUAGGAGGUUUUCUGCAGCGUAUGGACUUGACCCGCAAGUAUGCCUUUGGGAAGAUGUUGAUCAUCGGUGCAGAGCCUCCGUUCAAGGUGAAGGGUUUGUGGUUGUUCCGGGGGACAGAGAUUCCUCAGUUCGUGAUGGAUGAGUGCUACGACAUGGAGCUCUACGAGUGGAAGAAGGUUGACAUCAACGACGAGGCACAGAAGGAGCGCGUAAGCCAGAUGAUUGAAGAUGCUGAGCCGUUUGAGGGCGAGCCUUUGUUGGAUGCCAAGUGCUUCAAGUGAAGAGAAAGAUAAGUUGGCUUGACUUUUUGCAUUACAAACAACUCAGUUUACAUCUCUGUAGUUUUGUGAUUGUAGUCUCUCUCUCUCUCUAUCCACCUUUUGUCUUUCCCAAGCUUUAAAGUUUCUAUCCAUUGAUUCAGGAAAGGUUUUACUGUAUUUUGUGAACUGCUUUUUCUAGCUUUUGUUUUUAAAACUCGAGUUUGCUAUAUGACUUAAUUUCAAACAUUGUUGGAUUAAUUAGUGAUUAUACUAUUUUUAUA